AUCAUGUUGUCGAUAUUUUGUGGGAUAGGCGAAGGAUCGUCUGGAUACACCUGUGUGUUUAUAUCUGUUUGUGUGAAUUUUAUUUGCAAGUAUUCGUGUCUACACUGUCCGUCACAUGAAUCAGCUUGUGCUUAAACGUUGUUACUCUUGUUUGACAUGACUUUAGAAGAUCCCUUUUACGUCGUCAAAGAUGAGGUGUUCAAAGCAUUGAACAAGACCCGUGGACUAUACCUCAGGUGGCAAGAAAUCUCCAAGGCUCCUUCCGUACCCAACAGUCCUGAAGUGGAAUGGACUUCGACGGAGCUCAGGAACGCACUCCGUAGCAUCGAAUGGGACUUAGAAGAUUUGGAAGAUACUAUUAGUAUCGUAGAAAAGAAUUCGUCAAAGUUUAAAAUUGACAACAAAGAAAUAUCCGAACGACGAAGUUUUAUAGAAGCUACGAAACAAGAAGUUAAGGUGAUGAAGAGCAAAAUGAGCCUCAACAGGAAUCGGGACAAAGACAGCACGGCUCGCGAGCCGUUGCUGGGCGAGGAGAGCCCGAUACACAUGAACAAUGUUUGGACGGCCACGCCGAAGUACUCCAAGUAUUCGAAACUCGCCAACCAGACGGACAGCCCCGACAGGUUCGACUACGACAGCGACAUCAUGUCGAUGCAAGAUAAGAUGCUCUCCAGCCAGAAUGACCAGCUGCAAGUCAUCAGCCACUCCGUCGGCUCCUUGAAAACCGUUUCCAAGCAGAUUGGGAUUGAACUCGACGAACAGGCUGUGAUGUUAGAUGACCUAAAUACGGAACUCGAAAAUGCCGAUUCGAAACUAGACUCCACAUUAAAGAAAGUGGCUAAGGUGCUUCAUAUGAAUAAUGAUCGACGCCAGUGGCUGGCAAUAGGAAUCCUGGUAGGCCUUCUAAUGAUAAUAUUAAUACUAUUUGUUAUAAUUUGAAUUAGUUCCCGAGUUGUUUUGUUUGUGUAAAUGUUAAAUCAUGUUCGUAGUUCUAAGUGAUAUUUAUAUUCUUGUAUGAUAACUUCAUAGGUACCUACUUUACAAUCUAUUCUGUCAUUAAUAUAGAUACUAUCGUUAGGAUUGUAACUUAUUUGUUUUUGUAAUAUUAUCUAUGUUGCUUGCGGAAUAUUUCUAGAUUAAAGAAUGUAUGCGAGUUGGAUAUCUGUAUAGAAAGUAGACAUUCCAGAAAUAUUAUGUUCCAGAUACAUUGAAAAAAAGAUUGCUUACUCUAGGACUGCCUUGAACACAAACAAAACUAUUUUCUGACACUUUGAUCUAACGACAUAACACUCCUUCGUGUGCCUGUAAAAUAUAGCAUUAAAAAAAGUUUUCUUCCAAUGUUUACAAGCAAACUAGUUGCAAUUCUAACUGUAUGAAAACUGUGACUUCACACUUUAGGAUUCGAUAGCGACCAUUAAUAAAAUCAUUGUAUAAUUAUAAUAUAGUAUAAAUUAUAACAUAGUUAAGAUAGGACAGCUGUUUUUGUUAAUUGUUCAUUUUAUAUAUUUUAAUAUUUUCGACGUACCUCUGUGAUUAUUACAUUAGCGUGCGAGUUUUAAAAAGCUUUAUAUUGUUCCAGCUGUUAAUUGGUUUGUUGGAUAGUGUAACUGAUAUCAUUAAAACGCCUUUGUGAAUGAAAUUAAUCUCUCGCAAACAGAAUUUUGUUUAAAAUGAAAACAUCUUGAAAUGCUGGCAAUUUAAAUACUCACGGCGGAGCUCAGCUUUACAUACGUAUUUUAAAUAGUUCACUAACUGACAAGAACAAUAAAUAUAUUGAAAUAUCUUAGCCGCAAUAAUAUUGACCUAGUAGUAAAAAACUAUUGUAGCGAUACAGAUUAUAUUUUUAAUGUGUAGCAAAUAAUGUAGCCUUUUUCACAUACGUUUUUCUGCCGUAAAAUGUAGUGUAAAUUCACAGGACGUGGGCACAGCGGUAGGUGUUGAAUGAGCCACGACUACGUCCGGGCCGUGACACGGCGGUACCGCGUAUAGUACAAGCUUUCAUAGUGACCCAUACCACAGAUUACUCCCAUACGGACGGCUGUGCCUGCGUCUGGUGAAUUUACCCCAGAAAAACAUUUGUCAUAUAGAUAAGAUAAGCCGUACAUGACGGUAAUAUAAUAAAGUCCAGUAAAGACGAUUGGGAACUUAAAAGCUGCUAAAUUAUUGUUCUGUAUUACUACGACACACAUUAAAAUUGCUAAAGUAAGGCAUAAUAGCAUGAGAUCUAUAAUUAGCUUAGCUUUUAAUGAGAUACCUAUAGCUCAAUAUUUUUUUAAUAAAAAUGUUUUAACGAGUCUAUUAGGUAUAGCUUUCUAAACUACUACUGCAUUUGCUAGCCUGAAUAUAAGGACACAUUCUGAACCUCAGGUACUAUUAUUAAAUGAAAGAAUUAAUUAAGUGUUGACUAGUCGUGUACUGCCUUUCAAUAUCUUGUAGUCUAUUUUAUGGGGAGCUUGUCCACUGUUUUGGUAGUUCGGGUGAAGUAAAGUUCGGUCUUGGGUCGUAAAAAGUCACACUAUUGUUCAGGAAAAUCCUCAUUCAACCUUGAUCUCUUUCACUGUACUCUUUUCACACAUAGUCAAUAAUAUUAAGAUAGUUAUAAAAACCUUUUCCUUUUCUAUCUCCCUCCAACCCUCUCUUCCACCCACCAAAUACACAAAGGUCAGGUCCUAUAUAAUUUGACGCACGAUGCCAUUUGUUUGCGCUGGUCGCUUGUAAAGAAUGUAUGUGUGAUUAUUCUAAGCUCUGAGCCUGCAUAGUUGAGGAGUAUUGGUACCAUACCUCAAGACUUAAAGUAUAUCCGUAUAGGGCCAUUGUGCGUUGUAAAAUUUUGACAUAAUAUGGUCGCUUGCUAUGUAGAAGUGCCGAGUAUCUAAAGAAAGAUGAUCACAGUUUUUCGAUAAUUACUUAUAAUUUAUAUAUGACGGUAUAUUGUUAUUCUGAUAUUUCCUACUCUUUGAAUAUAUUUUUAAUUCAUUUCUAUUGACAUUAUUGGCGUUGCAGAUUUACAAACAAAUAUUUUUAUUCCUUCGAAGCUAGCAAGUCGACUAAAGUGUGACAAUGACCCUAUCUAAAACACAUUCAAUAUUAAUCAAAAAUUCUAAAUAGAUGUAAGUGCCCAUUAUUUAAUUAGAAGCAAAAUAAACCAAUGUAAAUGUACAUAUAAUUAUAAUUUAUUAUUGUUCGGUUAAGUUAUGCAUUAUUAGAAUGAGGUGUCUUCUAUUUGUCUCAAUGAUUUGGUUUCUUUUGCUUUCUAUGUUGUAAACUUACCUUAAUCUAGAUAAAAGUAUAUGAUUAGUUGAUAAAAAUAUAUGUUUACGUUUAUUAAACUUAUGAUAAAGAUCGAAAUUUUGUA